AUGAAUGAAGGGGUUCCACCUUCCGUCCCACAGAAAGAGCCAGUCUUAUCAGAGCCAAUCACAGCGCGCCGCAUUGUCUUCUUUGUGCUUUUUAAUGAAGUUAACUCUCACACGAGAGGGAGAAACUCUUCUGAGCGCUCCAGACUGGAGGAUGAUGUCUUAAAACGGACGAGGAACCUGAACGACAUGGCUGGCUUUCCUCAUCCGGGAUUCGGGAAUUCUGGGAAGUGUUUUCUGAUCGAGAACCUGCUGAGUUCACCUGCGCCAGGUGUUCGUCCCAAGAGAUGCUUCCCGGCUCUGGUUUACGGGCCGCUGGGGCUGAUGGUGAAGGCCAGGUGUGUUUCUCAGGACGGGGAACGAGGUCAGACACCGUCAGUUAUCAUGGCCGGUGUUUCUCUGCCCCGCUGUUCUGGAUCUGGACCUGUGAUAUCGUCUGCUCCUCGGUUCCCUAAGGGCGUGGGGUCUGUGCUGUGGAGUCCAGCGCUGAGCUCCAGGUCUCGGCCGGGAAUCCUGCGGCGGGCCGUGUUUUCUGAGGAACAGAGACGAGAGCUGGAGAAAACCUUCCGCAAGCAGAAGUACAUCAGCAAGACGGACCGCAACCGACUGGCCACCGACCUCUGUCUGAAAGAGACGCAGGUGAAGAUCUGGUUCCAGAACCGCAGGAUGAAGUGGAGGAACUCCAGAGAGAAGGAGAGCACAAACACACGACCGCCAAUGGAGCGACUGAUGCUCUGGAGCCAAUCUGAACCGGCGGACAAAACACACACACCAGCGCAGACCAAACACACUCACACUCACACACACACACACUCACCGGUGCACAGCACAAACACUCAGACCAGAUGACACAUCCGAGGAGAGAACAGACUCUUGAUGCAAAGAUUUCUACGCAAAAACUGCAAACAUCUAGGAGUUUUACAGUUGUGAUUUACAAUGUCUUUAAAAGUGAUGGAAAAGUCAGAACUUUUGGCAAAACUUUACAAUACAUUUCCAUUUGUUAACAUGAACUAACAAGGAAAAAAACAACAACUUAUAAACCAUGCAUUAAUAGUAGUUAAUGUUAAUCUCAACAUUAUGAGAUAUUUCAUCACAAUUAUGACACAAAAAGUCAUAACUAUGAAAUUAAAAGUCUAAGUUAUGAGAUACGAAGCUAUAAUUGUGACAUAAAAAGUAAAAAUAUGAGAUAGUAAGUCAUAAUUAUGAAAUUAAAAGUCUAAAUGAUGAGAAGCCGAAUCAUAGUUAUGACAAAAGUCAAAAAUAUGAGACACUAAAUCACAAUUAUAAGAUAAAAAGCUGAAGUUCACAGUUAUGAAAUUAAAAAGUCAGAAUUAUGAGAUACGACGUUGUAAUUAUGAGAUCAAUAAUAAAUAAAUACUAAAUAAUAAAUAAACAAAAUUAUAACAUGAAAAGUAAAAAGUAGAUACUAAGUCAUAAUUAUGAAUUAAAAAGACAAAAUUAUGAGACAAAAGGCUUAAAUUAUGAGAUACUAAAUCAUAAUUACUAACAAUAAAUGAACAGUUGUAUUUUAUUAACUAAAAUGGACAAAUAUAUUGUAACAAAUGUAUUGCUCUUUAGUAGUUAAUGUACAUUAAUUAAUGUUAACUAAUGGGACCGUAUUGUAAAGUGUUACCAAAAUUCCUAUACUGAAUAUUUUAUGCAUAUUUUCAAGUUGUUCUCUCAAACAUUUCAUUGGCUAGAAAUUGCUCUUUGUGAGUGUGAGCUCUAUCAAAUUUGUAAAAAUAUUUCCACUGAACAAGUUAUGAAGUUUCACUGGUGCAAAAGUGUUGUAAUAUAUUCCUCAAUAUGAUGAAUGUGAAUAAUGCUACAGCUCUUUAUCUUUGCAAAUGCAUGUGUAAUUAGGUGAUUUUAAUUCUCCUUACUACUGCAAUUAUGGUCAUUAAGCUCUUUAUAAGAUGCACAACUAAUUGCCAUAACAAGCUCAUUUACAUGUGCUUUCAUUUUUAAUCUUGCAUAAAGUGUACAUUGUAAAUUCUGAAUUACGUUUAGAUGAGAAUCAUUACUUUUGAAAUAAAAUUAGA